AGAGCCGGCGAUAACCUGUGUAAUAUCUUAAAAGGUGUUCGUUACCAAGGCUUAUAGAUAAUAUUAUCUACAAGCCUUGAGUCCGUGGCCCGUUACAACCACGAUUUUGGAUGUAUUACCACGAUGUAGAGAAGCUGAUAUCUUGCCUUGUCCCCUGAUAAGAUUUCUGUAAUUUGAACACGUGAGUCGUCCACAGUCGUCUCGUUGUUUCGUAGGUAUAACUAUUUCGGUUUUGCGCAAAUGAUAACGGCUUCCCCGUAACGUUUUUAUUAAAUACUUGUGUAGUGGAAGUUCGGACUCGCUACUCAUCAAGACGAUUCGCGAAGUUUGAAUUCGAUGGCCAUUAUAACAAUCUGAAUCGACCUAAGUACGCACUAAGUCCAACUUCACCGUGCUGUGAUCGUUUCAUUAAAAUUUAUCAACAAUUAUUUUUGUUAAAAUGUCCAACGUUUGUGUACUGUGUGUGAAACCAUUGAUCAAAUAUCUGAGGUCCAGGAUAUCUUUGCACGUAUUUCCAACGUGUCCAAAAAAACGGCAGAUAUGGCUCAACCAAUGUAGAUUAACGAACGAAGAAGUCUUACCAAACCGUAAAAUAUGCUCAUUUCACUUUGAGUCAACAUGUUUCAAAUCUAAUGCAAAGAGACGCAUACUUCACGCUGAUGCUGUACCAACAAUUUUUGUAAAUAGCCAUGUUAAAAAAAUUGUGAAAGGAGGACCAAAAAAUUUUAAUAAGAAAGGGAUUGUCGGUGAGAAUCGUCAGUCUCAAGAUAUACCAUUAACAAGAGCUGCUAAAAAAAAGAUUUCCAGUCGAAAUUAUGUGUCUCAUGAUAUAUUACCGAAAAACCCUGCUACAGAAGUACAUGAUCGUGUAAAAAGUAUUGCAACAAAUCGAAAAAGAAAACUUGAGCUCGAUAAACCUAUCACGGAACUAAAAAAGAAUAAGUUAUCAUAUAUGUCACUAUUGAAACUUGUUAAUAUUCAAUCUCAUUGGCUAACGGCCAUAAAGUGAUUAACAACUGAUAGAAGGAACAUUUUUAAUCUGUAUCUAUAAUAUAACAAACACUAAAAAAAUGCUCCAUUUUUUAGCACUGCUAUAAGUUAAUGUGUUAAUAUGUUUUACAAUAUAAGACGUAUUGUGUUCCAAUAUAAUUGUUGGGAAGAAAAUAAUUAUAUUUUGAGGAAUUUGUUUAAUCUAAGAUAAGAUAAUUUUUCAUUUCUAUUUGAUAUCCGAAUGUUUUGUAUAAUAGCUAUUUUAUGUGGGGCAUAUGUAGAUUAAUGUUUUGGGACUGCAAAAAGAUGGGUAAAAUUAG